UCAGCGGAGAGCUAGAGCGGCCGGCAAGGAGGAGUAGAGUUUUCUGGGCUGGAGCCCGGCAGGAGCAGGCUAGAACGGCUGGCAGGAGGAGUGGAGGUGGACGCAAAGGCCGACCCUGGGCUGGCUAGAGCGACUCCGAGUCGGGGGUGGGGGAGCCCGGAGCCGGCGCGCGGAGGCUUCGGUUCUGGCUGCUGCGGUGCUUCGCCUCCGACCUGGAGCAGCCCGGCAGAGCCCAUGGAGGCAGAAGACGUCGCCCGAGGGGCGGCCCCAGGGCCCCCCCGACCCGGCCUGGUGCCCGUCAGCAUCAUCGGGGCAGAGGACGAGGAUUUUGAGAUUGAGUUGAAGACGAACCCCGAGGAACAAAACAACCAGUUCCAGAACCUGGAUCAGGUGAAGCGGCGCCCGGCCCAUCUCAUGGCCCUCCUGCAGCACGUGGCCAUGCAGUUUGAGCCAGGACCCCUGCUCUGCUGCCUGCAUGCGGACAUGCUCGGCUCCCUGGGCCCCAAGGAGUUCAAGAAGGCCUUCAUCGACUUCUACCACAGCUUCCUGGAUAAGCACUCGAUUCUGCGAGUGAUGGUCCCUCCCCCCGUGGCCUUUGAACUUGACCGCACGCGGCCUGACCUCUUCUCUGAGGACCUCCAGCGGCAGUUUGUGCAGGAGGUGGUGCAGAGCCAGCAGGUAGCCGUGGUCCGGCAGCUGGAGGACUUUCGCUCCAAGAAGCUCAUGGGCAUGACACCCUGGGAGCAGGAGCUGGCCCAGCUGGGGGCCUGGGUGGCGCGGGACCGUGCCAGCUAUGAGGCCCGGGAGCGGCAUCUGGCUGAGCGGCAACUGACCCACCUGGAGGAGAUGCAGCACACCAUCUCUAAUGAUGAGGAGAAGAGUGCCGCCGUGGUCAACGCCAUCAGCCUGUACAUGCGGCACCUUGGGGUGCGGACCAAGAGCGGGGACAAGAAGUCCGGGAGGAAUUUCUUUCGGAAAAAGAUGAUAGGGAACCGGCGGUCAGAUGAACCGACCAAGACCAAGAAAGGCCUGAGCAGCUUCCUGGAUGCCGCCCGCUGGAACCGGGGAGAGCCCCAGGCCCCAGAUUUUCGACACCUGAAGGUCGAGGUUGAUGCUGAGAAGCCGGGCCUUACAGAACGUAAGGGAGGUCAGGGGGCUCCUUCCCGGGACCGGAAUCUCGGAGGCCCUGGGCAGGACACCCCUGGAGUUUCUCUGCACCCUCUGUCUGGGGACAGCCCUGACCGGGAGCCAGGUGUUGAUGCCCUCCUGGAAGUGGGGGACCCGCCCCCGCAGGGCCCAGCCAGCCUGGACACCCCAGCGCCCCCAGAGACCACGGAGGAGGGUGCCGACACAGAGAGAAAGUGGAAGAGGCUGUCAGGGCGUCUGGGGCGCUCAGAGAGCCUGCGGGUGAGUGACCGCCGCCGGCCUUCCCGGGGCAGCCUCGGGGCUAAGGGCCGGGGUGGGGGCCGCUCCCGGAGCGACGUGGACAUGGACCCCAGCUCCGCCACGGCCGUGCUUGGCCCUGCCCGACGAGCCACCCCGGAGCCUGGAGACGAGGGGGAGCCGGGCCGCUCGGGACUAGAGCUGGAACCGGAGGAGCCGCCUGGCUGGCGAGAGCUUGUCCCCCAGGACAUUCUGCACAACCUGCCUAGGAGCCAGGUGAAGCGGCAGGAGGUCAUCAGUGAGCUCCUGGUGACGGAGGCGGCCCAUGUGCGCAUGCUCCGCGUGCUCCACGAACUCUUCUAUCAGCCCAUGGCAGACGGGGGCUACUUCUCCCAGCAGGAGCUCCAGACCAUCUUCCCCAGCCUGGACGAGCUCAUCGAGGUGCAUUCCCUAUUCCUUGAUUGCCUGAUGAAGCGGAGGCAGGACAGUGGCUACCUCAUUGAGGAGAUCGGAGAUGUGCUGCUGGCCCGGUUCGAUGGUGCCGAGGGCUCGUGGUUCCAGAAGAUCUCCUCCCGCUUCUGCAGCCGCCAGUCAUUCGCCUUAGAGCAGCUCAAAAGCAAACAGCGCAAGGAACCCCGGUUCUGUACCUUCGUGCAGGACGCCGAGAGCCGGCCCCGGUGCCGCCGGCUGCAGCUGAAGGACAUGAUCCCCACGGAGAUGCAGCGUCUGACCAAGUACCCGCUGCUUCUGCAGAGCAUCGCGCAGAACACAGAAGAGACCACAGAACGGGAGAAAGUGGAGCGGGCAGCAGAGUGUUGCCGGGAAAUUCUGCAACACGUCAACUAUGCCGUUCGGGACAUGGAGGACCUGCUGCGGCUCAAGGAUUAUCAGAGGCGCCUGGAUUUGACCCACCUGCGGCAGAGCAAUGACCCCAUGCUGAGCGAGUUCAAGAACUUAGACAUCACCGGCAAGAGGUUGAUCCACGAGGGCCCACUGACGUGGCGGGUAACGAAGGACAAGGCUGUGGAGGUGCACGUGCUGCUGCUGGAUGACCUGCUGCUGCUGCUUCAGCGCCAGGACGACCGGUUCUUGCUUAAGUCGCACAGCCGGACGCUGACGCCCACGCCCGACGGCAAGACCAUGCUGCGGCCGGUGCUGCGGCUCACCUCCGCCAUGACCCGCGAGGUGGCCACCGAUCACAAAGCCUUCUAUGUCAUUUUUACCUGGGACCAUGAGGCCCAGAUAUACGAGCUGGUGGCGCAGACGGUGUCCGAGAGGAGGAUCUGGUGUACUAUCAUCACCGAGACUGCUGGAUGCCUGAAGGUCCCCGCCCCCACCUCCCGACCAAAACACCGGCCCAGCCCCAGCAGCACCCGUGAACCCCUGCUUAGCAGCUCCGAAAACGGCAAUGGCAGCCGAGAGAUGCCCCCAGUGGAUGGCCGGAUGGAGAGACUCUUCAACUCCCUCCUGCCCUUCUGCAGACAAGGCCUUGAGGGCCAGCUCGCUGCCAAGGCCCUUCAGAAAGUGCUGACCCUGAAACAGCUCCUGUUGCCUUCGGAGGAAGACAGCGGGGCAGGACCUCCCCUCGAAGGGGAUGGGGUCCCAGGGGGCGGCCCCUCAAGCCCAACGCAGCAUCAGGAAAUUCGGGAGAAGCUGCUCAGCCUGGAGGAGACCAUUAAGCAGCUGGAGGAGGUGGAGGAGGAGUUUUGCCGCCUGAGACUCCUCCUGUCUCAGCUUGGGGAGAACAGCGUCCCCCAGUCUGGCUGUACCUGAGGCCCCCUGCCCCAGGCAGGCCUUUCGCAAGGAGAGGGCCACCCGCCACCGCACGACCACCGACCACCCAGACCACCGACUACCCAGCGUCUCCAACCCCAGGGGCCUGAGGAGAGGGAGCUGGGCUGCCCCGGGCCAUGCCUUGGGGGGUGGAGGGCGCCCAGAUGGGAUCACUGCCCCCCGCCACCUCCCACUGGCUUUGGCCUUCUCUCCCUCCCACUUGGGGGACUCAGGGCUUCAUUCCGGGGGGGCCCCACCUGGCCCCCAUUCCUGGGCCAUCUCAGUAUUGCCUGGGUGGGGGGGGUGGCCAAACCCUCCAACCCCCACCCCCCAAGUGCCUUUGCUCUGUUUUUAUACCCUGAAUUGGAGGUUUAUUUUUUAAUAUAUAUUAUCUAAGGA